GUGUAACUGUUAAAAAAUCUUAAAUGAAAUUUUUCUCUCCUGUCCUCAUCAAUGAUCCAACCUGUAAUUCUCUUAUUCAUAACUCUCUCCAUCAUUUUCCUCUUACAAAACAAAUCUCAUAAGAAAAAAGAAAAACAGGGCAGCUCUCUCUCUCUUUCUUCCUCUGAGAGCUUCCAUGUCUGAAACCAACAACAACAACAAAGCUUGACUCUUUCCCCUCAAGUCUCCUCUUUCUUGCAAACCCAUGAAGUUUUCUCGGGAAAAUAUGAAUUGGGUUUUCUCAGAAAUCAAAACAACUCAGAAUCUCCUCUCUCCUUCAUCACUUCCCCGACCACCACCAAUAACCAUCCGACCAAACACAAACUCCGACUUUAACAGCAGGAUCAAUCCGAGCAUUCUCCUGAUAAUCAUAAUCCUCUCCAUCAUCUUCUUCCUCUCGGGUCUCCUUCAUCUCUUAGUCAGAUUCCUCCUCACACCGCGUCGAAGAGACAGAGAAGAUUACUUCGACAACGUCACUGCUCUUCAAGGCCAGCUUCAACAGCUUUUCCACCUCCACGACUCAGGAGUCGACCAAUCCUUCAUCGACACGUUACCUGUCUUCCACUACAAAUCCAUCAUCGGUCUCAAGAACUACCCUUUCGAUUGCGCGGUCUGUCUCUCUGAGUUCGAAACAGAGGACAAGCUCAGGCUUUUGCCUAAAUGCAGCCACGCCUUUCACAUGGAUUGUAUCGACACGUGGCUUCUCUCUCACUCUACUUGUCCCUUGUGCAGAUCGAGUCUCCUCUCCGACCUCUCUCCUCGCCAAGAUCCUCGUCCCUCUUUUCUCCUCGUCCUUGAGUCGGCCAGUGAUCAUAGCUCGAGAGAGAUUGUUGGGGAUAGAGAUGGUGCAGCUUGUGUGGGUGCGAGUGGUGCUGAUGAUGUGCAGCCUAAUGCUCAUUCACGAUCCAGUUCUCAUCUGGGCAAUGGUCUUGGAUCGAUCCGUGUUGAUUCGGGUCGUAAAGAUCAAUACCAAGAUGGUGAACUGGGUGGUUCGGUCGAAAAGGUUGUUCCCUUUGCAGUUAAGCUAGGGAAAUUUAGGAACACAGAUGUUGGAGAAGGAAGUAAUAUCAACAAUGACAUUGGUACUAGCAGCAUUAUAGAUGAAAGGAGAUGUUUUUCAAUGGGAUCAUAUGAGUAUAUUAUGGAUGAAGAAACCGCUCUUGAGGUUCAUGUUUCAACCAAGAAAGUGUCAGGCAAGAACCCUCGCUUGCCUGGCCACAGGACCGCUAUGUCCGAAUGCGGGUUUGAUCCAAGUGGGAGAUUGAAGUUUAAUGGGAGCGGCUCGAUGAGGAUCAUGGAAGAAGCGACCGAGAAGAGUGUAGUCGAAAGAGAGAGCUUUUCGGUAUCAAAAAUUUGGCUAAGGGGUAAGAGGGAGAGUCAGGGUAAGGUUCAAGGAAAAGAAGAUAGUUCAUCGGUUUCUUCGUCGUCUCCGGGAAGAGCAUUCUCUUUCGGGUUAUCAAACCCGAAAGAGAAUGCGAAAAGCGAGAACGGUUGUGAGGAAGAUAAUCAAAAGGUCGAAAAUGCAUCAUCUUUGGAGGUGAAAACACCAUCUUUUGCUAGGAGGACUAUGCUUUGGCUUGCAGGGAGACAAAACAGGGUUGUCCAUUCUUCUUCUGCUUCUGAUGUCUAGUUUCUAUAUCUUUUUUUUUUUUUUUUUCACAUUUAAAUUUCUUUUUCGAUUGUUAUUUUGUGUUAGUCCCCAUAUGUUCAAAAACAGAUGAAUCAUUGU